UGAUUCUUUCAUCCAUGGAGUCCGAAGCUUCCAUGUGUUUACAACUCCUACAAACGUGCUUCUGCAUUAUAUUUUUCUCCUUUACCUUCUGCUUCUCUCUUGUCUCUCUCUCGUUGUUCCUACUUAGACUGAAGCCUUGGUGUAGCUGCGACGUUUGCCACAGUUAUCUAACGUCGAGCUGGUCGAUCGAAUUCGAUAAUCUCUGUGACUGGUACACCCACCUACUGAAAAAAUCGCCGAGUCAGACGAUCCAUAUCCAUGUACUCGCUAACACAAUCACGGCAAACCCGGAUAACGUGGAGUACAUACUUAAAACUAGGUUCGAAAAUUACCCGAAAGGGAAACCCUUCUCCACCAUUCUCGGUGAUCUGUUGGGUCAGGGCAUCUUCAAUGUCGACGGCGAGCAUUGGAAGUUUCAGAGGAAAAUGGCGAGUCUUGAACUCGGUAGUCUCUCCAUACGAUCUUACGCUUCGGAGAUAAUUUCGAACGAGAUCCAACAUCGUCUCUUACCACUACUCUCAUCGAUGGCAUCGGGUGAGAAGGAUGGACGGUUAGAUCUGCAAGACGUGUUUCGCCGAUUUGCCUUCGAUAGCAUUUGUAAAUUCUCCUUUGGGUUAGACCCUGGGUGUUUGGAAUUAUCGUUACCCAUGUCGGAGUUCGCUGUGGCCUUCGAUUUGGCAUCUAAAUUGUCGGCGGAGAGAGCGUUGUUGCCGUCACCGUUGAUCUGGAAGACGAAGCGGUUGUUGAAUUUGGGGACGGAGAAGCAGCUCAAAGAGGCUAUUAGAUUGGUAAACCUGCUGGCAGAGGAGGUGAUUCGGAAAAGGAGGAAGAUGGGUUUCGAGAACCACCGUGACCUGCUGUCUCGGUUCAUGGGUUCUGUCAACGAUGAUAUAUACCUAAGGGACAUCGUUAUAAGCUUCCUUUUAGCCGGUCGAGACACGGUGGCAUCAGCAUUGACCAGUUUCUUCUGGUUGCUAGCGAAGCACCCGCAGGUGGAGGAAAUGAUACUGCACGAGUCGGACCGGAUCAUGGGGGAGGAGAAGGAGGAAGAACUGGCGAGCUUCGAACAGAUAAGGGAUAUGCAUUACCUACAGGCGGCUGUGUACGAGAGCAUGAGGCUUUAUCCGCCCGUACAGUUCGAUUCAAAGUACUCACGGGAUGAUGACGUCUUACCGGACGGCACGGUGGUGAGGAAGGGGACAAGGGUGACUUACCACCCUUACGCCAUGGGGAGGAUGGAACAAGUGUGGGGCCCUGACUGUCUUGAAUUUAUACCGGAGAGGUGGCUCAAGAACGGUGUGUUCUCACCGGAGAGUCCAUUCAAGUAUCCGGUUUUCCAAGCUGGGCUUAGGGUGUGUUUAGGAAAAGAAAUGGCACUGAUGGAGGUGAAGAGUGUAGCCCUAGCCCUGGUCCGACGGUUUCAAAUCAAAGUGGAAAAGCCGAGUUUGUCCCCAAGGUUCGCUCCGGGACUCACCGCUACGGUGAGCGGAGGGCUACCCGUUCUGGUUCGAGAGAGAGGAGAGUGGACAGGCGCAACUUAG